AUGGAAUACAAGCCUCUGCCAACCUCAAAGUAUCAUGCCAAAUCUACCGCCGAGGAAGUAGCCGCUGGCAUACUCGGAUCUGAAGAUAAAGGGCUCGAAGGGAAAGUUGCUAUAGUCACUGGUGGCAACGGCGGUCUAGGAAAGGAAUGUGUUCGAGUCCUCGCCAAACAUCGAUGCCAUGUUAUAAUAGCAUGUCGCAAUGUAGCAUCUGGUGAAGCUGCCGUAAAAGAAUUCAAGGAAGCGAUGCCAUACAGUGAAGUCGAUGUGAUGCAUUUGGAUCUGAAUUCAUUGGAAUCUGUACGCAAAUUCGCAAAGGAGUAUGAAAAGAGAGGCCUUCCAAUCCACUUCUUGGUGAACAACGCAGGCAUCAUGGCGGUGAAGGACCGUGAACAGACAAAGGAUGGAUUCGAGGCUCAAGUUGGAACCAACCAUCUGGCUCACUUCUUGCUUACGGUGCUGCUCAUGCCCAUCUUGAAAAAGUCUGCACCAGCAAGGUUCAUCUCAGUCUCAUCAAUUGGCCAUAUGCGCAAUGGACUCGACUUUGAUGAUAUGAUGUUUGAUAAACGGGAAUACAACAAGUGGACGGCUUACGCGCAAUCGAAAACUUGCAACAUCUUGCUGGCUCUUGAAGUAAACAAGCGAUUAGCCAAGGACGGUGUGUUGGCUUUAUCUCUUCAUCCUGGUGGAAUUAUGACAGGCUUGCAGGAGCAUAUGGAUCCCGAAGAAUUUAAAAUCAUGGGCUGGAUUGACAAGGAAGGUAAACUGAAUGCCGCAUUCAAGACCAUUGAACAGGGUACUUCAACGCAUCUCUAUGCUAUACUUGAGCCAUCACUAGUAGACUAUGGUGGAGCUUAUUUGGAAGACGCGAAUGUGUCCGUCACAAAAACUGACAUUAGUAAAGAUCCCGAGGCAGCCAAGAAGCUGUGGGAUAUGAGUGAAGCGCUUGUAAAUGUUAAAGCCAACUUUUGA